UAAGCAACAAAGAAAACGUUUCUGAAUGAAUGAAAAGGGGAGAGAGAAAAGUAUGGAAAACAUGUUUCGCACUGCAGCAACAAGCGCCGAAGAGGAGCCCCGAGAACACCCGGCGAUGGAGAUGCGGGCGCGCGAAGAGACGGGGUUGGCGCGAGACAUGACCCCACCCAUUCCGCCCCUCGCCGCUGCCCUCCACCGCUGCUUCCUUCCAUCCCGUUGCUCCGCUUGCUUCCGACCACUCGAUUCCUUCCUCCCCUGCGCCGCCUGCCGAGGCGCCUCUCGCUACUGCUCUGCCGCCUGCUCCGCUGCCGACUCCUCCGCCCACGCCGCCAGCGGCGAGUGCUGCCUCCUCCGCGACCACCAUCCUGACGGCGACACCUCCGACCUCCGCGCGGCGCUCCGGCUCCUCCACUCCCUCGAGACACUAGGGAUGGGGAUUCUCCCGCCCGCUUCCCUCCCCGACCAGCCGCGCCGGUUCGCCGGCUUGCUUGCGAGCGAUCUCGAGAAGGUUCUGGAGGAAGGAGGGGAGGUGGCGGAGAGGAUAUUGGAGGGGGCGGCGCUGAUGUCGCUCGCGAGGGGUAGGGGUCGAUCGCGAGAGGCCGACUUCGACGGCGGGGCGGCUUCCCCGGAGGUGGUGCUCUGGGCGGUGCUAAGGAACUCCGUGGAGGUGCAUAUUAGCGAGGUCGGCGCACUCGGGGUCGCGGUUUACGGCCCGGGCUUCUCUUGGUUCAACCAUAGCUGCGUGCCCAACGCUUGCUACCGGUUCGAACUGGGUUACCGUUUCGGAGAACCCGGUCCAGUUACGCCGGAAUCGUUUCUUGCCUCGUCUGCUGCGGCCGGAGUGGCAACAGAUGCGUGGAAUGCAUGGAUUUAUGGUGAAAGCAGAUUGGCUUGUGUUUCUUUAUUAGGAUUCUCCAAAUUUGGGCCAAGGGUUACUGUCCGGAGCAUAAAGCCAAUCAUGAAAGGCGAAGAGGUUUGCGUUACGUACGUCGACCUGCUACAACCCAAGGUCGAGAGACAAGAUGAUUUGUGGGAAAAAUAUCGAUUUGUUUGCUGCUGUGGACGAUGUGGUGCAUCAUCACCAUUAUAUAUGGAUUUUGUUCUGAAUUGUGAUGCUAGGGAAUUGAGCCUAGACAACUGCAGUAACAGCACAGAUCCCUGUUGUGAAGAAUUUGCUGAUAUACUACAUCAAGCUAUAGCUGAUUACACAUUAGAUGAGAAUCCUGAAGCUUGCUGUGAGAAGCUUGAAAGCAUGCUUUUCUGUAGCUCUCAAGACAAAGAGUUUCAAGCUGGAGGAAGAAUCAAAUUGCAUACUCUUCAUCAUCUUCCUCUUAAUGCAUACAUCACCAUCUCAUCUGCAUAUCGGACACGUCUGUUCAACUUGCUUGCCAUCUCUUUGGAUGAAGGUAACAAUUCUGAGGCCUUUAAAAUGGGCAGAGCUGCUGCAUCAUACUCUUUGCUACUUGCUGGCACCGUGCACCAUUUGUUCUUGUCUGAACCCUCCUUGAUAGCAACCACUGCACAUUUCCUUAUAAGUGCAGCUGAAUCUACAUGCGGCAUUCUUAGAAUUCCAGGGUGGUCACUAAAUGCAAAUCAAUGCAAGUCAGACAUUGACUCAGUAUUAUGUCAUUAUCAGAGUAUCAUGAUGGAACACUCAUUGGAUGAGUGCAAGGCAACAUCAAUGAGGUUUCUGGGAUGUAUUUCAGAAAUUCUAUCAAGAACCUGGCCGUUUUUAACUGAAGGUUUGCCUUACUUGGAAAGCAUAAACAGCCCAGUAGAUUUUAGUUGGCUUGGUCCGAAUGUCAUAAAUCCUCAGUGUUUUGCCAAUCCGAGAGGGAUAUCUGACUUCAUUAAUAAAGAUUGCUCUGGGUGUAAACAUCAUGAAGAUAUAUUCAUCGAAGACAAAAGGAGGUUCUUGUUUCAGCUUGUUGUUCAUUGCUUCGCUUACGGUAGAUAUCUGGCAAGCAUAUGCUAUGGACCACAAUGCAAUUUGGCAGAUCAUGUAGAGAUUAUGCUUCAUGGUUUUUUAUGAUUGUUAUUUGAUCCAUUGACUAUUCAGAAGACCUUUUCACAAGCCAUAUUAUUGAGUUUACUGUCACAUAUACAAUUAACUAAUUGUGUAUGUGAAUCUCGAGUCACAUUACUUGGUCAGAAAUGAAAUAUAAAUUCUUGGUGCAACUCUGUUUCUAUGACUGCACAUCCGGAUGACGUGUCAUCCUAAGCUCUACUGUGAUGGCAUCUGAAAUGCUGUUGCAAAACGCCGGUCAGGAGCAUUAACACAAGUCUCUCUGCACUCAGACCGCCAUCAACCUGUCACUUUUAUAAGUCGACUGGGUGAGGAAAACUGAAAUGAGAGUCCAACAAGACUCGUCGUGAUGACUAGGAAGCUUAACGAGUUCAAGACACAACACCCACACAAGCAACGGAAAGGGCAGAAUACGGUCGCUCUGUGUUGAGCCGCAGAAAGCUCGGCUCCCCGCGAGAAUGCUCUGCCUUCCUCGAGCCCAGCAUGAACGAGGCCCGGAAUCCAGAUCGUGGAGCGCAGCAGUUGCUUCGUCGUCGCCUCCUGCGCAACCAGAUUUCUCGAUUAGAGGAUUCCGACGAACACGGUAGAAGACGACACAACGGCAGCGCACUCACCACCACCACCACCACCACCAGCCCCCCCUCACGUCCUCCUCUUGCUCGCCAUGGAAGAAGGGUUGCCGUCGAACAGCUCGUCGAUCAGAUUCUCCAGAUCCUCCGCCCCGAACUUGAUGUACUUCUCCGUCUGCCUCCCCGGGUCGAGGUACUGCGAGAACCUCCCCAGGAAGGACCGGUAGGCCGGCACCACCACCGCCGACACCGACACCCUCAGCUCCGACUGCAGUUGCUCGUCGCUCACCACCCACGAGCUCUGCGCCUUGUGGAUGUCUUCGAACAUGGCGUUGAAGCUCUUGAACCGCUCCUUGAGCAACGGCUUGUACACGCUCCCCUUCACCUGGAGCCCGUCGUCCCGCAGGCAGGCCAGCAACUUGGACCACGUCUCCCGCUGGUAGUUCUUGUGGUACUGCCUCAGGUCCGACGACCGCUUCCGGUACCACGUCUCCCCCACUAGCUGAUGGAUCUCCGGCGACCCCUUCACCUUCUUCGCGACGUACCGCCCGUUGUUCAUCAAGAAGAUGUUGCUCAAGGCGAGGUCCUUGUACAGCUUCGAUUUCGACUCCAGAUUGGAGUGCAGCAAGUCCAUCGCCCCCACUAGUUGAGCUGCGAACGGAUUGUAAUUUCCGUUGCCGCCAUUGUUGCCGCGGUUGUCGCCCCUGCCGCCCCCGCCGCUUCCCCGUGAAUUGUCGCCGUCCCCGUCGGUGGACGAUGGCUUCUCGGAAUGUCUGUGCUCCUUGAA